AUGGCAGCCCCCCUCAACAAGUUCAAGGUUACUGUCCCAGCGACGUCGGCCAAUAUUGGCCCAGGCUUCGAUGUCUUGGGCAUGGCCUUCUCGCUCUACCUCACCCUCGACUGUGAGAGGCUCCCCGCAGGAUCUGGACUUCAAAUGACCUAUGAAGGCGAGGGUGCCAAGGAUGUGCCCCUGGUUCCAGAAAAGAACCUGAUCACAAAAACUGCCCUCUACGUCCUCUCGACCUACGGCAUCACUUCCUUGCCACCGCUCAAGAUUCAUGUCACGAACCCGAUUCCCCUAGGCCGUGGUCUCGGUUCAUCGGGCUCUGCAGUAGUUGCCGGCGUGGUGCUCGCGAAUGCUGCAGGAAACUUGGGUAUGACUAAAGAUCGCAUGCUUGAUUACUGCUUGAUGGUCGAGCGUCACCCGGACAAUGUGGCCCCGGCCCUGUUUGGUGGAUUCGUCGCCAGCUUCCUGAGAGAGCUGGAACCAGAGGAGCUGGAGCCCUCCAGUAUCCCCCGAUCGGAACCUACGAGGAAUGGAGCGGCUCAACCACCAACGCCAGUGACGGACAUCGGACACUAUAUCCAGUUGGGAUGGGCCAAGGAAAUUAAGGCAAUUGCGGUCAUUCCUGAUUUCGAGGUCGCCACCGAGGAUGCCAGGGCUGUGCUCCCUGACAUGUACGAGCGCGCGGAUGUUAUCUACAACCUGCAGCGCAUUGCAGUCUUGACUACAGCGUUAUCCCGUACACCUGUCGAUGCCGAUUUGAUCCACAAGGCGAUGAGCGAUAAAGUCCAUCAGCCAUACAGGAAGCAUUUGAUUCCUGGAAUGUCAGAGAUGCUGGAGCAGAUCACGCCGAAGACCUAUCCCGGUGUCGUGGGCAUUUGUCUGAGCGGUGCUGGACCCACCAUCCUGGUAUUAGCGACCGAGAACUUUGGCGAGAUUGCGGCGGCAGUGCAGGAAAUUUUUAAGCGUCAACCCAAUGGCGGCAUCGAGAGCAUGUACAAGGUUCUGGACGUCGUUGACGGCGGUGCCCAGACGGAAUACUUCGAUUAG